CAGCGGAACCACAUUACCCAGAAGCCCCUGUCCCAGCCUACAGUUCACUCUGCUGCUUAUCCGGGGAUGUCACACCGCUGCUAUUUUCUCCCCUCAGUCCUUCUCACUCUCAGCUUACAGCUCAAGCGGACUGACACGGGGCUUUGGAUAGAAAGAAAAGGAUACAAUACGAUACACAACAGGGGCGAACAUGGCAGAGCUCGCAGCGGGAAGCCUGCCGUUAGGAGAUCCUGCUUUUAACUACCAGGAACACGAACUGAACGAGCGGCUGAAGCGCCUCUACCCGGCUGUGAACGAGGAAGAGACCCCGUUACCCCGAUCGUGGAGCCCCAAGGAUAAAUACAGCUACAUUGGGCUGUCACAGAACAACCUGCGGGUCCAUUACAAAGGCCAUGGUAAGAACCACAAGGACGCGGCCUCUGUGCGAGCCACGCAUCCAAUCCCUGCUGCCUGCGGGAUCUACUACUUCGAGGUCAAGAUUGUCAGCAAAGGUCGAGACGGGUACAUGGGCAUCGGCCUGUCUGCCCAGGGAGUCAACAUGAACAGGCUGCCUGGAUGGGACAAGCACUCGUACGGCUACCAUGGAGACGACGGCCACUCCUUCUGCUCCUCCGGGACCGGCCAACCGUACGGCCCGACGUUCACCACAGGGGACGUCAUCGGUUGCUGCGUUAACCUCAUCAACAACACUUGCUUUUACACCAAAAACGGCAUCAGUUUAGGUGUAGCAUUUACAGACCUCCCUCCCAACUUGUACCCCACUGUGGGGCUGCAGACUCCGGGCGAGAUCGUAGACGCAAACUUUGGCCAGCAGCCGUUUGUCUUUGACAUCGAGGACUACAUGAGCGAAUGGCGGGCCAAGAUCCACGGCAUGAUCGCCCGCUUCCCCAUAGGAGAGCGGCUGGGGGAGUGGCAGGCUGUCCUGCAGAAUAUGGUGUCUAGCUACCUGGUGCAUCAUGGGUACUGUGCCACCGCUACAGCCUUCGCCAGAGCGACAGAGACUCUGAUACAAGAGGACCAGACGUCCAUAAAGAACCGGCAAACGUCGGUUCCUUCAUUGUGGGUCAUUAUGCCGGUAAUGGCCCUGUGUCUCUCCGGGCCGAUAGGAAUACAGAAGCUGGUGCUGGCAGGACGGGUGGGCGAAGCCAUAGACGCCACUCAGCAGCUUUACCCCAGCCUGUUAGAACACAACCCCAACCUACUCUUCAUGUUGAAGUGUCGUCAGUUCGUGGAGAUGGUGAACGGCACAGACAGCGAGGUCUGCUGCUUGAGCGUUCGCUCCCCCAAGUCCCAGGAGAGUUACCCGGGCUCCCCCAGCCUCACCCCCCGCCACGCCGCCGGCAAUACGCACGCAGCAGGAGCCGACAGCCCGACCUGCAGCAACGGAGUGACCCCCCCCGCCAAGUCAAAGGGCCACGGCUCCACCGGCGCCAAAUACCCCAGCGUGUCGUCCUCCUCUGCCUCCACCUCCUCCUCCACCUCCUCCUCCCCAUCCUCCGUCAACUACUCAGAGUCCAACUCCUCCGACUCCACGAAGAGCCAGCCGCACUCCGCCAACAGCACCCAGGAAACCAGUGACAGUGAGAUGGAGGUCGAAGCAGAGCACUAUACCAACGGCGUUGUAGAGGGCUCCUCGGCGCGAAUCAUGAACGGCACGUACAAACACGAAGAAAUCCUUCAACCUGAUGACAACAGCAUUGGCAAUGGGGUGACAGCAGAUGAGAGCUGCAGUAACGGCAGGCAGCUGUGUGGAGGGAACCUGGCAGCCACAGAGAGGAUGAUCCAGUUUGGACGGGAGCUGCAGGCGCUCAACGAACAGCUGUGCCGCGAGUACGGCAAGAACGCCACGCACAAGAAGAUGUUACAGGAUGCAUUCAGCCUGCUGGCGUACUCCGACCCGUGGAACUGCCCCGUUGGCCAGCAGCUAGACCCGACCCAGAGAGAAGCCCUGUGCUCUGCACUCAACAGCGCCAUACUGGAGUCCCAAAAUCUGCCCAAGCAGCCUCCACUGAUGUUAGCGCUCGGCCAGGCCACCGAGUGUGUUCAGCUCAUGGCCCGGGUCCGGUCCGGCUCCUGCUCCUUCGCCAGAGUAGACAACUUUUUGCACUAGCCCAGGUCCAGGUUAAUGUUAAGUGGCACCGAGAGAAGACAUGUCCAGCAGAUAGUUGUCAUGGCAACAGAGGAAAGAGCAUGCGUGUGAUUGAUGUGUUUGGCUGUCCAUCAGACCGAACAAGUGGCACAGCCAAAGGAGGAAAGCAGCAGAGAAGAGAGCUUCCUUUUUAAUUUAGUAUUAUCAAACAAAGAAAUGUGUGACACUAUUUAAGAUCAUUAAUUAUUAUUCUGUUUAUCUAGCCAUUUUUAUAGUUCUUUAUUUUUAUUUUUAUUAGUUUGUUGUGCUCAUUCUGGAAAAAAAAACAAUUGUGAAUCCCCUUUUUUUUUCUCUUCUGUUUUUUCAUGGAUGGAUUUUAAUUUCUUGCAAUCAGUAUUUUACUCACGUUGAUGUUCACCAUAUCACAAGCAUCGAGACCAUCAUCACGCUACCAUGGUGACCUACAAGACUGUAGGUCAGCUUUACAAACCUGGAGGCAUAUUAACAUUGUCUUUGAUAAGAUGCAGAAGACAAAAAGAUUUGUUUACUAUCCUAAAGAACUUGCAUUAAUGCAUUCGUGUCUUGAAAUAAAUUCAGCCUGGGUCGAGCAAUGGGCUCAGCAUGAACAAAAAAACCAUUAGUGGUGUGGAGCAGGUCAGGAGCACCAGUCAAGCCUGAUUCCGUACACUGCUGCUGAUAUCAAAUUUAACAAUGGAUUUAUGUGAGAAAACAAUAAUUCCACAAACUGCUUUUCUAUUGGUCACAGUUAUGGAAUGUUUAAAGGAUUACUUUUUAUUUUUGCUAACCACAUCCUGGAAAAAAAAGAAUAUUGAAUUAAUAAUAAUUGAAAGGCCUCUCCGGUAACCAGGCGUAGGUUGAUGAUAAAGGAUGAAGAAACCGUUUACCCCUAAAUUCUAAAUGAUAUACUAUUUGUCUUACCUCCAGUGCUGUUAGUCAAUCCAGAUUCUUUUGGUUUCAGUUGCUGAGUGUUUGAUAUAUCGUCCUUAAUGAUUUUGUGGUUUCUCAUAAAUAAAAUGGGAUUUAAUGACACUUGGCUUGCGGUAAGAUUAAUUUGAAAAACUAAAUUGUAACAAAUCAUGACCCAACAAAUCUGCUGACCUUGUCGUGAGGUUCAUGUACUCCUCUUCAAAACUAUACCCACCAACUCCAGCGCAGAAUUAAGCUGUAUGUACUCAUGGGGGAGAAUCUUCUGCCUUGAGUGCAUAGCACCUUCCACCACGCACCGCCUGGUCUCGACUACAAGCCUCUUGUAAAAUAACUCUUUAUUAGUCUUGCAGCGAGGGAAUUCACUAGAGGAUGUUGGUGGGUGUCGUUUGGUUAAAAGUAAAUGUUUAUUCCAUGAAACCUUUCACAGCAAGGUCUACUGGAAGUUUUGCCUUUUUGAGCACCACAAGACAAGUGCUGUAUUGUCCCAUUAUAUUAGUGGGGAGAAUCUGGACAUCUCUACUGCAACUAUCUCCAACCCUCAGCAACUAACACCAAAACCAGCUAGACUGAUAAAUAGCAUGACCGGUAAUGUGUGUGUGUCUGACGCGGGGGGAGAAUUUUCCCUUUUUAAAUUGGUAAAUAACAGGUGCCGGAACCUUAGUUUUACUGUAACGACCAAUCAGCGACGUCAUAGCAGGUGGCUGAGCUCUGCACCAGCUGCAUUUACCACACCUGUUAUUUUGGUUGCCAGAGUAAAGGAAAUCUGUAUCAAAGGCAGACUAACAAGCACAUCUGGGGACGGCGAGAAGGGAAGUCACUCCUGAGAAUUUCAUUACCACAGUUUUUCCAUUGGCCACAGCCUGACCUGUCCGGUCCACGCGCUGACGCCUUUUAGCAUACAAAAUAUGAAUAACAAAAUGGAAUAAUUGGACGAAUGCAAAGCUUUUUUUUCAUUUAGUGUGAUAAUUAGGUCAGUUUUUCUUUCAUUUGUGACGUUUGAUGUGAAACCGCUCUCAGGUUGUGAAAACCACCCGUGCGUAACGGAAGAAGGUGUUGUUUAUUCCACUCCGAUCCCUCUUGUUCCUCAACAUCCAAAAACUUGACUUGAUUAUUAUGUAGCCCCACUUGGUAAGUUUGUCCCAGAGUGCCUCUCGGUAUGUCCAAAACAAAGACGUAAAAACCCAAUCUUUCUAUUGAUCAGGUUCGCUGCUGACCACUGAGAUUUAACCACAUUGCUCCUGAUUUGAGGUCUGACCAAUGGCAGAAAAACGUCCAACGAUCACUACAAGGCCUUCAACAGUAUGAAAUCACAGCUACAGCCUCCUUUGUUAGGCCAAAAGUGUUAGAUAUUAAAUGAAUAAAUAAAUACCACUGAAAUAAAUAUAUGAAUAAAGCAAUACGUUGUGACGUAAUUAAAUUACACAUGGUGGUCUAUUCAAAAGGCCAUCUUUCAAAUGUCUUAUUCCCCAGUGCCCUGUUCACAUUUUAACCAAGUCUACAGCUUAUCUUCCUUCACAGGCUUAACAACUGCUAUCAAGAUGUAGGCAGCUAGCGCCUAUCAGCCAGUAGAGAAGUUACUCGCUAGGAGCUAACUAGCCAGUUAGCCAUUUUGAAUCCACCAACUGGCUGUUGCUGCUCAUGAACACAGGCUUUCUUUGUAUCUAGCAUAAGCAAAGCUUUAUAACAUAUGCUCCCUACUGACCUAAUGCUAAUAAUGCUACUAAUGCUAACCCAGCCAGCUAACUGCAGCCCCAAAGCAAAGAGCUAGUGUUAGCAGCUACCAUUAGCUGGUUCAUUCAGUUACUUAUUCACUUACUGUUCCUCAUUUCCAACAUUUAAAAGGUCUUAGUUAGCAAGCUCUGAUUGGGGUGAGUUGGGUUUUGAAAAUGUAUUGAAUUGUUUCAAAGUUUAUUGGCUCUUUUUUGUCUGUUCAUUAGAUUAUUUAGUUCAUUAUGUUGUGCUUAUUUAUUAAGUAUUUGAGUUUGAUAUUGAGUUAAUGAUUUUGACAUUAUGAUCAACUUUCUGUCUCUGUAUUUAAUCAGACGAUUGUUCUUUGCGAAAGAGUAAUCACACUGUACUUCACCCUCUUCCCAAUCAUAUAAUUGGAUUUUGAUUACAAAGAGUUGUUUUGUUCCAUCCCUUAGCUUUCUGUGAAACAUUUUAACUUUUGUUUUUACACCAGAUUUAUUUUUAUCAAAUAGCACUGAUUUAUUGUUACCUGACUAGUGGCCUGAUGUUAGUUUCAGCUGCUUUGUUAUGACCUGGCAAAUAUCUGGUG